AUGGAAAAGGAAUAUCCGGUUACAAACGGCGUGACUACGCUUGUCAGGCCGCCACCUGGUUAUGUGGUUGAUUUCGACAACCCGCAGUCUCAGAGCGUGCUAGAACACUACUUCAUUUUUGGAAUACUCGGCUCGCUGGCUGCGUUGUGUUUGGUUCAGAGGAUUUACACAAAGCUCAUGUUUUCCGAUGGUCUCAAGACUGACGAUGCUUUGAUGUUGGUUGCUUGGCUCUGUUCUAUUGUCAUGCAAUCGUUACAAGCUUGGUCAUGUUCGAUUGGAGGCCUCGGCCAUCAUGUCUGGGAGAUGUCUAUCGAAUUAUGGUCAACACAAGCUCUUGUCAGCUACAUAGUUGCACCGGUAUUCAUUUGCGCCAAUGGCGCGACAAAGGCCUCGCUCUUCUUCGUAUACCUUAAAAUAUCUCCGUUACUAUGGUACCGUCGAUGUAUCACUGCAGGUAUAAUCAUAGUGUUUCUAUACACUGUGAUGAUUGCUUCAAUGCUCCUGUUUGGAACGUGGCCUAUCUAUGCCAACUGGGACCCAUACGUCUCUGCACACUGGUCUCUCAACAGCACCAUGUUGUACAUGUCUAUUGCUACCUCCAACAUUGUCUCGGAUCUCAUUCUCUUUAUCAUUCCAAUCCCCAUGGUCCUCCGCCUUCAAAUGCAACCUGCUGUUAAAGUCGGAGCAAUCCUCAUGUUUGGUGUUGGUUCACUAACAGUCACAACAUCAGUCAUCCGCAUGGUGUAUCUCCAACCCUUACUCAAGACGUUAGAUACGCCAUGGGUCGCCGCUCCAGCAAACGUUUGGUCGUUUGUCGAAGUGAACCUCUUUAUCAUCUGUGGCUCAAUGCCUACCCUGCGCAGGUUCUUCAGGGCUGUUGCGCCGAAAUGGAUGGGAUCAAGGGGGGAACACUCGCAAGCCAAACACAACGGCCCCGCGAAUUCUUCCAGAGGACCACAAAGCGGUUACUCACAGUUCGAUACCAUCUCACAUGAUGACGUCGAAAUGUGCAGCAUGUCGAGUCACCAAAAUAUCCUAAAGGCGGAUACGUCGGCGGCGUGCCAUGUCACGUCGGAGGUCAAAGCGUGA